CCACCUCUCAUAAUUGCACCAAUUUGUUUCCUUAAAUGACUAUCCGUCAAAGCUCAAAGCUUUUUUACUGCCUUACUCUAAAUAGCUCUUCCCCUGCUCUUAAGUUCAGUAUGGUUCCUUAUGAAAAAAACAAGCCUAAGCGAAAAGAAGAAAAAAAUCAAGAAGAAGACUAAGAAAUGGGUUGUUGGGUUUUCUCUAAGCCACAUGUAGCUGCUGCUCUAGCCUUGGCUAUCUUGCUUUGCAAUGCUCCUCUUUCUUCCUCCGUUCCAACGCCUCCUCCUCCUCCUCCUCGGGAUUCUACUGGAGAGGAUGGAGACGGAUUUACAAUGACAAGAAGUGACGUCCAUACUUUGGUGCUUUUUGUGUAUGGUCUGGUGGGGAUUUUUGCACUGAUACCUUUUGUCCUCUGCGUGUAUGAGCUUCUCAAACAGAGAACAGUUGUCACAGUUCAGGUUGUGGUGUCUGCUAGAGGUGGUGAUAUUGGAAGUGCACUCCAUGAUGCUGCUGCAGGUGCUGUUGGUUGGAGGGGAACACUGAAAGGAACCAUAAAAAAGCUGGUGGGUGAACAGCAGAACUUCAUCUAUGGCUCCACCUCUGUGAAAGUGAGACGUGGGACAACCUAUCGUGGGCUCAGGCAGCAUCUGGCAGAUUUGGCGAGCAAGGAAGUGAAGAAGCUGGAGAUCCAACGAGUCAAACUCCAGAAUGGCCUACUAGUGCCCAAGUUGGUUCCCAAACAGAACAAGGAUUACACUCUGGUGACAAUCGUGGUGGCUCUGCGUGGUGCUCACCAACUUCCUUCCGUUGACAGCAGUAGUGAGGAAAUGAAAGAUGCUCUCAAACAUCUGGAUACCAAACUUAAUCAAAUUCUGGUGGCAGAGGUGGUAUGGGGUUAUAAGGAUCCGUUUGCAGCCAUGGGAUUGCUUGAGAGUUGCCCGAAUCUCAAGUCAUUCAUUUCUUAAAACAGGAUGCUGUAGGAUGAUGGUCACUAGCUAGUGUUUCUGGCUUUCUUUUAGUAAGAGUAAUUCGUGUUUGAAGUUCAUGGUGUGUGUGGAACACGUAGUGAAUAGUGAUAACUAAGGGGGAACUAAGAAGCUUGAUGGGAUUAAUGUAUUUCUAGCCCGAGACUGUUGCCAUUUGGAUAUUAGGUUGUGUUCCUUUUCCUUAUGUUUCCCAGCAGGAGCUUCACUCCAGAACUACAUCUUUUCAAUUAUGCGUUGACUUUUAUUUUGGAUUCUUGUCAACGGAAUCGACUUGUGUCUUGAAACUUGUUAAUAUGCUUGCGCCUGUCACGUAAUGGAACUUUAGUUAACAAGCGUGCUUUUACCUGGGCCUGUGACAUAAAUGGAUUCCCAGCCCAUGGCGACAAAAAAGACCAACCCGCCCGCCAAUUUAUGUGUAUCAAUACCAUCGGCUACAUCGCAUGGAGUAUUUGGUUAUCGGGCAGAAAAUUUGGUUAUGGUCAUGCAAGUUAACUAAACUCGAAUUCGAAUUUUAUUAUCAAUAGUUAAUUGAGAACAAUAAAAUUAAGGAAUAGAAUAGUGGUAAAUUUGGUUUUAGGUAAUCUUUGGUGUUUGGUAUAACUACGCAUCAAAUUGCAAAACAAAACCUCUAGAUAAUCGCAAAAUUAAACUACCCCAAAGCCCAAUGGCCUACCCCAUUAGGUAACCUAAACCAAAAAGAAUGACAAAUAGUUUAAUUGGUUGAACGCGGUUAACCGCAACAUAACCAAAAAUCAUAUUAUUAGUUUCUCCAGUAACUGCAGCAACCGCAAUUACAAUUGCUAAAAUGACAAAAAUUCAAUUUUGGAUAACCAACCAAUUUGAUUUGAUUAACAUAUACUGAACCGAGGUUCAGCCCUAUGACAUAUUUAGUAUCAAUCCAAUUCGACUCGCGCAAUCGCCCGAAACACAUGGACUUAUGUGUCUUAUAAUUUGAUUUGGGUCGUGCAUCACUUGACCUGAGGCAUAUGGGUUGCAUGUUUGAGAGGGUUCAAAACCAACUCACCCGGAUUCAUGUAGACCCCCAAUCAUGGUUCAUUUUAUUGUACUCAUUUCCUUCAAACUAACGAAAGCAAAGAAAAACAAUGAAGUACACAAUAGAUGUCAAACAACAUAAAAUCAAUUAAAAAAUGAUAAAAAGAAACUUGUUCGACAUUUACAUGACAUAAGUGUAAGAAACAAUCAUCAUUCUUUAUUAGAACCUUGGUAGGUCCAAAUAAACUGGGAACAAAAAACUCUUAUUUAUUUGUUUUCUAGUUGGCCUUUCUCGCUAAAUGGGGAGUGAAGUAGCUGUUGAUACCUCAUAUCUCUUUCGCCAUGCAAUAUAUUAUUACCCAUUUUCAUAGUUGGUGAUGAUUUUCAACAAUACUUAGUUACCUAAUCACUAGUAAAAUGGGGAAUGGAUA